AUACGCAGGACGUUCAAUUGCGGAUUGAAGAUGUUGAAUUUAAGCCGAACAAGCUUGCUUGAAGAAUGUCGCGUGUAUUUAUGCAAGCUUGCAUAAGCGGCUCUGCAUAAAUUUUCUCGACGACCAAGGAUUUCCUCUUGAUUCAGACCGACAAGCAACGUUAGAACAGGUAUUCAUGGAUAGAAGGAAUGUUUAAGAAAUCGAUUUCUCGACCAUGGGUAUGCUCACGAUGCCUUCAACGCCAACUUCCGCGGCAGAUUCGAGGUAAUCAUGCGCAAGCCGCGCCGAAAGUACCAGACAAUCUAGGCUUCACAGCUUCUUUCCGACAACGACAUGUUGAUACGGCGCCUCCUGGAGUGCAACAUGACGAUCGAAAACUACGGCAGAUCUUCGACUCUCCAGGAUUCUGGAAAGAAUACUCCCAAUCCUCGAAAUCAGGACGAAAUGCCGGACUUUUCCAAAAUCGAUACCUUACUGAAUCGAAAGGCUUCGAGGAAUUCGCGAAUACCACUCUAGAAAGGGCAAAGAGGAUAGUGGAGAGGGUGCUCGAGGCUUCGAGUCCAGAACAAUACAGAUAUGUGGUCAGAGAUCUGGAUAGGCUGAGUGAUUUGCUAUGUCGAGUUAUAGAUCUCUCAGAUUUCGUACGAGCUACGCAUCCAGAUCCUCGAAUCCAGCAAGCGGCAACGCAGGCAUAUGGGAUUAUGUUUGAGUACAUGAACGUCUUGAACACCACAACUGGCUUGGCUAAGCAGCUGGACAUUGCGAUAGAGCAAUGCUCCGAGUCAGGGGUAUGGGACGAGGAAGAGAAAAUGGUGGCGCACAUACUAAAGAAGGAUUUCGCGAAGUCAGCUAUUGAUCUACCUCGAGGCGACCGGGAACGAUUUGUGUCUCUGUCACAGGAGAUAAGUGAGGUUGGAACAGAGUUCGUGGAUUACAUGUCUCCAGAGAAGGAAUACUUGAGCUUUCCAAGCAGUAGGAUGAAAGGCAUGGAUCCAAUGCUUGUUCGGCAGUUGACACAAUGGGGCAAAGUGGCUUUACCUACCAUUGGAGGGCCCGCAAGCGCUGCCUUGAGGUCUGUCGAAGAUGCAUCAGUCAGAGAGGACAUCUUCAUGGCUAGUCGGACAGCUUCCAAAGCCACAUUAUCUAGGCUACAGAGCCUCUUACAGAAGAGAGCCCAGCUAGCCAGGUUAUCGAGGUUCGAUAGCUAUGCACAUAUGAAUUUGGAGGACAAAAUGGCUAAGUCGCCCGAAUCUGUGAACGGAUUCCUUCGAGAAUUGUCAAAAGACAAUAGUUCGUUCGUCAAGUCCGAAUUGGAGCAUCUGCUGAAAGCUAAGGCAAUGCAUAUGCACACGUCCGAUCCGAGUCUUCAGCCUUGGGACAAAGAGUAUUAUAUGUCACGCAUACUUGCAUCUGCUCAGUCAAGGACUCGAAAUGCCGAUUUUCUGUCAUCGUAUUUCUCUUUGGGAAGAGUGAUGCAAGGUCUAUCUCGACUAUUUUCUCGCCUCUAUGGCAUCAGAUUCGUACCUCAUGAAACUCUCCCAGGUGAGACCUGGAACCCUGAUGUUCGUCGUCUUGAUGUGGUCUCCGAAAUAGAGGGACAUGUUGCAGUCCUAUACUGCGACCUCUUUUCUCGACCAGGGAAGUCGCCCAAUCCUGCACACUUCACUCUGCGCUGUUCACGCCUCAUUCGAAACGAGGAGAUUGAAGAGGCAGCUACAACACCCAACUCACUUUUCACCUCUGCAGAAGAAGCUGCCAACGAUGGCAUGGCUAUCUCUCCAUCUACAUCUAGCGGUGUCAUGCAACUCCCGACCAUCGCUCUGAUUUGCGACUUUGCCACCACUCCAGGCUCACUCAAACCAUCUCUCCUCAGCUUCAGCGAAGUGGUCACUCUCUUCCACGAGAUGGGACAUGCUAUCCACUCUAUUUUGGGACGGACGAAUUUCCAAAACGUCUCUGGUACUCGCUGUGCUACCGAUUUUGCAGAAUUGCCUUCUGUACUUAUGGAGCACUUUGCUGCUGAUCCUUCAGUUCUGGCUUUGUUUGCGACGCAUUAUGAGACGGACCAGCCAUUGCCGUACAAGAUGGUAGCGGAAAAGUUGGUACUGGAUAAGAAGUUCGAGGGGGCCGAUGCGGAGAAUCAGAUUAUUCUCUCGAUGCUGGAUCAAGCUUAUCACUCCUCUCUUCCUUUGGACACAGACUUCGAUACUACACAAGUUUACCAUGAACUACAACGGAACCAUGGUAUCUUGCCAUCUGACCCACCAGGAACGAGUUGGCAGGGCUUCUUUGGACAUUUGUUUGGUUAUGGAGGAACAUACUAUAGCUACCUCUUUGAUCGGGUUCUAGCGAAGCAAGUGUGGCAAGAAGUAUUCCGAUCCGGGAACCAGGGCGGAUCCGUCACACGAGAAAACGGAGAGCUUUUCAAAGGAGAAGUGUUACAAUUUGGCGGCUCACGUGAUCCGUGGACAUGUCUCUCCCGGGUGUUGAAAGAUGAGAGGCUGGAACAUGGUGGAGAGAAAGCCAUGGGAUUGGUAGGAAGUUGGGGCAUUGAAGGCCGACGAGAAGCCAGUUCGGGAAAGCUGUAGGAAUUAGAUGUACAGCUACCUUGAUAGAUCAUAGACUACAUGAUCAAUCACAUGUAUUGUAUAACAAA